UCAUUUCCCCAUUCAAGUAGUUUUGGUUAUGUUGGUCACAACGAUAAACACUCGUUCGGCCGAAAUUCUUCAUCUGCACAUUCAAAUCUUACGCAUCCCCUGCCUCGGCAUCAUAGCAAGCCGAAGUCGAGAGUGUGUUUCAAUGCCAAGCUGUCUUCUCGCUCAGCAGCUCCAUACCUACCAGUUCUAAGUACGUCCCCUAUAUCGGGAGGGACGAAUAAAUGUUACAGUAAAGCUCCCAGAGGUCGACCAGGAUUUUUAAUAUCAAGAUCACCAUCUAGUCAAACCGGUUCUUCAAGAGACUUGGGUGUCCCAUCAUCUGCAUUUCCAAUGUUCUCAUCGAUCACGAGAGGGUGUGCCUCUGAUAACAGCAUGGAACUAAGUGGCAAUAGAAAUCAGCUGAGCAGCACCGGCUUGACCAGUGAUGCUGCGUUCAAACAUACCUCGGUCUUUGACCCGCCUCUUGCAUACGAUUACUUCUCAGCGCCGAAUACUUGUCCCGCUGAAACAUCAAAGAAAAUUCCUUACCAACAUCACCUAAAUUCAUCUCCACACAACAAACACGUUUGCGAAAUUAUUUCAUCUUACGUUCUCAAGUUUAGUCCAAGAAAUCAAAUGAAAAAUUGUCCAUCACAAUGCAGUGAUUCCUACUUAGCGAAGCCUGUUCAACCGUGCCCUUCUUCGAGCCCUUCUUCAGUUUUGCCUCGGUCGGACACAUUUUUUGUCAGCGAAGCGUCAAACUUGCGAGAGGAAGUUUACGUUCAUAAAACUUGUUUGAAGAAGGAUGAGAAUGUUCAGGUUAGCUGCUCGUCUUCUGUGUAUCAUGAUAGCGCUGUUGUUAGCCGGAACUUGAAGAACCAGCUGUUACCACUUAGCGUCUGCGGAGCUCUCACCUGUCAAAAUAAAUCAUAUCGAAGAGACCAGUUUGCAAACGAUGGCCAAGAGCGUGCCAGUCUAAACAAGCCCACCUCUCCGCUCAUGGCAAAUAAACGAUCAAAACCGAACUACAAGGUACGCGAUGAACAACGAUCCGACAGGCGUAUGAGGCAUGGCCGGUUCUUCUCUGGAAACAAGUUUUCUCAACAUCCAUCGGACUGUGAUACUGGAACAAAUGGUACUCAGAAAAAUAAGACUUAUUUUGAAUCGCUGUAUGAUGAACACUUACUUGAAAGACUUGUUUCAUCGAGUUUGAGAUGCGACGAGUUCGUGCAAAGUUCGACAGGAGCAAUGGAGCUGCGACAACUUCGAGAGGUCUUCCCUGACGAUGGAGAGGGCACAAAAGGAGGCAAGGGUGGGGCGAAAACAAGCCCUGCGUCGGUCCAGGACUCCAUCACGAAUCCUUCUUCUGUGAACGGCGAAAACCUCGUCAACGACGCCACCACGUCCAGCGUCAGUAACUCAAGUCCCGUCCUUUCGUCACCCGCGUCGUCAGCCCUUCCUGUACGCAAGCCUGCUGGAGAAGCCAGGAAGUCUGUUGGUGAGGCGCACAAACCCGCGGUUGAGAGUAAAAUACCGAGCGCAGAUACUCGUAAGUUCACAAGCGAUGCAGCGAAGAGGCUCAGUGAAGCGGGACGUAAGCCCGGCACCACGACUUACCAACCUGCCGAGAAAUUGAGAAAAACGGGACCACAUGAGCCUAAUGGCGCCAAGAAAAGUCCCCUCAAGCUUGACGUGGCGGAGCGAGUGAGAGGUCGGAGCGCUUCUGGCAGGAGCUUCACUGCGUCCUCAGAAUUGCGCGAUGGCAGUUGGCGGUCAUCUUUUGGCGCAAAUAAACGAGGUGACGGGAAUAGCAAGCUAUCAUCAAGCUUACCGCGCUUCUCUACGACGCCGAGAGUUUCUGCCACCGCCUCGAAAGCCUUCACCAAAGACGGCCACAGCAAGACUAUUAAAGAUGAAGACCUUGUCUCUAAUCGCUUAAGUCGAGGCACUACGCCCCACCGAAGUGGUGGUCGCACCGCUACCGUCACCCCGUCCGACGCACCUGCAAACAAACGAUCGGUGAAGCCCCUAACUCGCUUCGGCUUCCAUGAUACCAGCGUGCGGUCCGGGGACAGCACCGAGAGCGUCAACUCCAUCUUGAGCGACGCUAAUACUACCGUCUCAGACUCCAACUCCAACCUGCUCGAAUUUGAAGACGAGCAGCAAAACAAUGUUAAUGAGGAGAUCUUGACUAAUUUCGUCAUUUCUGACUGCAAUGUGGUCCACGCGAAGAAUCUCAAGAACACCUUGUCAGUGAACUCAUCGCCUCUGAAUAACUCGAAUUGUGAAGAUGUACUCCUUCAUUGCUCCAGUUCGCCCAAAUCUCCGGCGAGCAUCAGCCAAGCUUCAUCUGGAGUCACUUCUGCUACUAAAGCCGUCACUGCGAAGCUCAAGGCUCAAAGCCACGUACUGCCUCUAUUGCAGUCUCCUGCCGUCAAGUCACAACUUUCUAGUCAACCUGGUAAAACGGAAAAAUUGGCCUCGCACAAGAAUAAUAACGUGACUUGCGUUACUAAAAAUACGAAGACCCCUGCUUCUUAUGGCCACAAUGAUUCCAAUCAAAAAGUUGAUGUUAGUUCUUAUUUACCGCAACCUGCUUGCAUUCAAAAAAUUUCUCAGAAUCUCUCUUCUUGUCCUGUUACAUUCAAGGCUAUUACAAGCGGCUCGAUUCCCAAGCCUUCAUCUACAACCCCUUCGCCCGUUGAAGAGACGGCAAUCACCUCGCACAAAUCUCUUGCAACUGCUGACUCAGGCCUGGGGUCGUCCACAGAAGGAGAAAAGUUGAAAGUAAUCGAUGGCAAAACUCAUGAAUGUUCUAAUCAGAUAAUAAAUCAUCCUGUCACCAGCGUGUGUCGGUCCACAGAAGUUAUCGCCGCACUUCAGUCUCAGCUUAAGAGUUCUGAUCAUAACACGAAGACAUCAUCGUUGAAUGGCCGUGUGGAUUUUGUUGUCCCUGCCAGCGAAUGUGUGCAGCUGACUCCGUCUCCAGAUGACACGAUGAAAUCUUCACUCAUUGACGAGUCUGAUAAAUGGCUUAGAGAGAAAAAGAACAGCAUGGGUAAAGCUUCAAAAUUACAAACUGGAAGUCUUUUGAAACCUGCCACCAAGUUACGUACAAUAUUCCCCAAGAACGAAACGUCUCACGAAAAUCCUGCUGCCUCUGGUAAUCCUAGCAUUAAAAAUGAUUCAUCUUAUACCUCUCCGAUUGUACCUGAUACGCACCUCAGCUUUGGCAUUGCGCGUCAAAAGUUUGCUGAGUAUGAAAGGAGUCGCAUCGUCCGAAGAUCAGAAACCAUUGAACCUACAACAGGGAUCCACCGCCCUCGAACCAAAUUAGGCAAAUCGCCCUCAGAUCCUGGUUGGUUUGCUCCUGUGCUUUAUGACAACAAACAUCAAGGAAAUUUCUCCUCGGUCAACAAAUUUUCUUACAUUCGUCCAACCUCGCUUGUGAAAAAUCCCAUUCUGGUAACUCCCGUGUCAAAUGAGGUUGUGGAGAUCAGUAAGCCUAUCUUGAAGCGGCUUGAAUACACUGAAGGUCAAACGUAUCUAAGCAACUCAUCUGAUUCGGCUGCUGGUGAAAGGGUUACUAACAGGAAGAAUUCCACUGAAGAUCUUCUGAUGGUAUCAUCAACAGUACAGCAAGGGAAAGAUUCCGCUGCAUGUGAUGACAUCGAAUGUCGAUCUUCAAAUGAUCUCAGAGAUAUUGAAUUUAGCGUAAAAUUGAAUCACAAGUCAAAUGCACCGACUGUUCAUGUAUUAGAAAGCCCCAUUUUGGAGAAUGAUCGUGAUAUCAGCAACUCAAAACUCAGCGUUCUGAGCUUAGACUCUCCCAGCGCCCACAGCAAAGUGGACAAUAAGGUUUCCUCUCCGGGCUCAGAAACUUCUUUCGAAGUAUUGGACACACCCAGUGAAGGCCUUGAUGACCAAACUGUUUGUAACUUUGUCUCGUACCAGGACCCUAGGGGAGAAGGCGACGCCACUCAAGACUUACGCCAGCAGAUGCAGGAUCUUCAGUCACAUGAAAUUGGAUCUGAAGUUCUCGGUAGCCAUUCAUCUGAGGAGCGAGCGCUCAUCGAGUCAUGUAUUGGCAAUAUUGAGCCUGAAAAAGAUGGACAGCUAGAAAACUUUGCAAACAAAUCUGAAAAUACGGUGACUGGUCGAGCUAAAAAUGGCUCAUCUUCUGUCAGCAGUGAACGUUCUACAUCGCUCCAUGAAGAUGAUUUAGUCUCGUCUCUGGAAAGGUCCUUACUUGUCGAGUCCCUCACCAACACGGUCAUGUCUGAGAGCAUGGAAGUUUCAGCCAGUGCAAGUAUGACUUCGUCUAUAACUUCUCAUGACCCCUCAUACACCAAUGACCCAAGCACCUUCUAUAGCUUUACUGCCCCCUCGUUCAAUAACGUUGAGUCUGAUAGUCGAGAUGCAGACAAGCCGGACGCAGGAAAAGCUUCCAACUCGGACGAAAUGAAAAAUUUCAUGAACAAUCUUAUGAAUUCUAAACUGGAAAUUGUUGAUAUUCUUAAUAAUUUUACAAUACAGCACAAGGACCAAGAAACCACGACUUCUAUCACACAAAAGCAUGCAAAUGAAAACGAGUCGACUCCCGAGAAAUCUAUUUUACUAGACGACGAUGUUGAAGGAAAACAUUCCAAUUUAUCACUCAGUAAACUGAGCCCAGUCUCAUAUUGUGAUGAAGCAACUCCAGUUCUCGCCUCUACUUCUGGAAAUAACGAUCAAAAUGUAACCUCAGAAAGAACCUUAACUGUCGAUGAUGAUGGUUCGGCAACGGUGAUGUGCACGAGCAACGACAGCGCUUCAUUUGAAUGCGCAACUCCUAACCUUCAAACAAAACAUUCCCAUGACUCAUACUCCAUCGGUGCCAACUCUUCAGGUGUGGAUAUCGACCAAGACUUCCUCAUCGACGAUGAGAUCAGCGACCAGCCAGACUUGACGUUCGUUGGAGGCGACGACGCUUGUGCUGAGCGUUCAGAGCUCGGUUAUCUGCUUGAAAAUACGUCCCUCCGUCGGUCCAGAGACUUCAUCAGCUCUCGUCAGUGUACCGCGCUGAGCAGGAGCGACUUCAGUGCUGAGAGAAUUAAAUCUUCGCGGACGAAGGACACGGCAAGCAGUACCCCGCUGGAUCAGAAAGGACCGUCGGACGGUGGUAGAGAGGACCUGAUGGCCUCGGCGACAAGCGAUGAAGGAAUCUCGGGAGAUGAUUUGGAUGCGCCGUCGCCAUGUCACGCUAUACGAAGGAUCGGUCGAGCGUUGUCUGACGCAGACGAUUCGUCGUGUCCGGGACCGAGAGGACGUCCGGAAAGCGUGUGCACCUUGGCAUCAAGUCUUGAUCCUGAUGACUUCAUGCUCGACUUCGAGGCCGAAGACUUCGCUAACAGGUGUACCACGCCGUCUGGUGGUGUAGGCAGCAACGGAUGCUUGGGAACCCCCUUGCGAGGACCGGUGCUGUCAAGCGGCAACAGCAGCGUCCGCUCGUCACCCCACCACACUGGCAAGAGGAGCCUCAAGCAUGAGAGCGGCAAACCCACACGUCUGCCGGUGCUGCGGUCCCAGACGGAGGAACAAGCCGGGUCUCCAGUACUUAUGGACAAGGCUCUUCAACAGCAACUGUUGUGCGACUGUCGGGCCACCAAGACUAUGCUGCUGCAGCUUAGGGCUGUUCUUCUCAACGCUGAUGCUAGUGCUACGCCUCAUGCUCUCGACAUUAAGGAAGCGGAGAGUAAUCCAUGUGAUACUCAGAUGAGGUGCAAUGGAGCACAAAGCGUGGGCGAUCAAGCGACCAGAGACGCGCUGACUCAGCAGAACGCUUCGUCACUGGAGUCCCUCCUACAACAGAACAAUGACCUCAGAAGACAGAUCAUCCAACUGCAAGAAGAAAUGGAAGAGCGAGACCGCACAGUGCGACUACUGCAGCUGCAGUUGGGCCAGGCUAUCCCGAACCAAACUUUAAUCAACGGCACGAGCUCGUCCAUCAAAGACCUGGGCAACCAGCGUCUGGUGCGCAGUCUAGGAGAGCCUGGCAAGCUGCUCAUGAACAACGCGGCCACGCAGACUGACAGAACCAGCAGGAUGUUCGGGGUCUCUUCCCUCACGCGACAGCCUUCUGUUGAUGAUGGUUUAGGUCCUACUGUCAGUUCUGAAGAGAGUGACUGCGCCACCCCCAGCCGAAGUCGCUCACUCUCACGAGCCUCUUGCCUUGGAGCCUCUGAUAGAAACUCGGUCAAUUCAGACGACCAAAGCGGCUCUCUGACGACUCCUUCGUCAUCGACUCGAUCUUCUCCUUCAUGCGACCGAUUUGGAAGCUCUAACUCGCCGACAAAUAAAUUACCUAUUAGUAAAUUAACUCGAGGCAAACGUGAUGUUCAAUGCGCUAGUGAACGAAUAGCCAAGCCGACCAAAUCGUUUCUUGACAAAAGAAUAGACACCAAAGGAAAUUCGAGCCCUAUUAAAGCAAGAAGCGAAUCUUUAAAUGAAGGGAGAAAUAGGGAGAUUUCCUGUAAAACUUUCCAGGAGAGAAAAGAGAUUUUUUCCGUAGCUCAAAGCCCUGCUCGAAAUGCCAAUGCUGCAAGGUCAUCUUAAUGCUCCUUGUAAGUCAGUAGAGUCAUUCACUUCAGCUGUCUGUCUUAAACCUUGAAAACAGCAGAGGAGAGAUCUUUGUAAUAAAAAUUACAAUCGGCAUUAGUUCUUUAGUUGUAAAAAUUGUAUAUUGGCUCUAAGAUUUAUCUUAGUGUGUUCUUACAGCUGUAGAAUAGUUAUAAAAUAAGUGACUGGGACAGCUAUUUAGCGUGAUCUAGUGCACUAUUCUAGUGUAUCUAGUGUAUGUAUCUAGUGUAUCUAGUGUAUGUGACAGGAAGUGUUGCUUGAACACUACUAAUGUGUUAUUUUGAAUGGUGAUUGGUACUGUAAGAUCUCUAGCUAUACUUAAUUGCCUUCAAAAUUCGUGAAAUUUGCUUGUGAUGCGCGACAAAUAUGAACCCUUUGUUCGAUCAUUUUAGCCCGCGCAUUUCGAUGUGUAUUAAAAACGCUCGUUCUUGGUGGAAGUUUUUUACAAAUUUUCAUUCGUUGUGUCCCAUAUUUUGAAUUGGCUUCUAUAUUAUCACUGGCGCAGCAUCAAAAUGCGUCACUAAAUCGGGCCAUCGAAGUUUGCGCUCGACGAGGGAAAUUGUUCCCUUCACCUACUUAUUGUCAUACAACAACUAUCACUUGUAAGGCCUAUUUUUCUUGAUUUGUUUCAUUUCCUUACUGUGAUAUGUUAACUGAGUACGGAUGCCUACUCAUUCUGCUAUUCGGAUUUUAAUUAAAGGUUUUCUUUUAUUGUGGUCGUUGCAACAGAUCCGCUCCGUAUGCAGCGUUAUGCAUUAAUGAGUUCCUAAGAGAUGCAAGUCUUGAGUAGCUUCUUUUGUGUUGAGUCGGAACACCAAAGAUUAUUUUAGAAGCCCUGAUAGGGCAGCGCGUGUGAGAAAUAUGCGUUUAAUUUUUAGUUGCCAGUUAUGAUCGUAACGGCGGCGUUGUGAUGCAAAUAAACUCUGCUAUUGCGUCUGCUUUUGCCCGAUUCUUUAUCUUGAAAAAAUGAUUUUAUUCCCCUUAUAGAUAUCUUAAUUACAAAUCUUGAAAACGCCUCAUUUUCUCCUUGCUAUUUGUUAAUUUCCGAAAUGAAUUUUGUCUGAAUUUUUACGUGAUCACAACUAUUAACCGGUUUUUGACUACAUCUUUGUCUUGUCUGCAACGUCAAAACGCCAUUACUGCGAACCAGGUGCCGAUGCUUCUACCUAAUUUCCUCUUACCUUAUUACAGUGGAUCUGAUGAUAAUAACUAUAAUAAUAACCAUGAUCUGCACAUCUCAACUAUCUCUCAUUAUGCUAUGUAUUAAACCUGUGGAAGUAGACCCGCAACCAGUAUUGUGUCUCUUCACCAUUGACUGAAUGAUUGUGUGUUCUCUAGUGGGAUUGUACGUAUGUUAUUUAUGUUCUAUUUAUGAUUGCUUAGCGUAGAUCGAUGGUAUAAUUAGUUUAUAUCCCAUCCUUCGCUACUUGCUUGUACGGGUGCCGAUCUUCUGAAUAUGUACCUUGCUUGAAAAUGGUUUGGUUUAGAUAUUUUCAAUAAUAAGCGAAGUAUUCUAGAAAUUCCUAUUGAUCUUCAAUAUCAAUCGGAUAAGGAGUAUGGGCGUUACUCGAACAAAGUUUCUGUUCAAAAAUAUAAUUAAUCCAAUAUUCUUUCAUCUGCUGCACCGCAGAGGAUUUUAAUUUUUCGUUCUAUUGAUUUUCCAAAUGAGAAAUUUACAAUAUUGUAUUGUAUUGUUCAAGUACUUGAAGAUUUUCAAAUUAUUGACUUAAUAACAUGUGAAAAACGUAGAUUAUUAGUUGAUAAAUGAAUACGUCACUUGGAGAUUCACAAGAGGCAAAAAUUGCUUUCGUUCAAAUACUAAAUAAUUUGGAAAUGUAGGACAAGCAUUGACUUUUAGACUUGCGUUCGUGCAGCCUCUUAACCAUUCCUCAGUGAUUACGUUGAGUCAAUUAUGUUCGGAUUGAUAGGCUUAGCAAUGUUAUUGAUGCACAAACAUUCAUUGCGAAUACUAUACUGGGAGCUUCAACGUCUUGAAAUCUUCAUAAUUAAUGUUGUUCCUUGUGCUCUUAUCCUGAAUAUAUAUAACUGUAAACCAUACCGCCAACUAGCUUAACUACGGGCGUAUAAGGCUGCCAGAGAACGCCUCAUUGUAUACAUUGAGAACGCAUUGUACAGAGGACAUCAGUUACAGUGAGUAAUCUCUUGUUGCUAAUAAUUUUUGUCAAUCAGCGUGAUGAUGGUUUGAACUCAGAUCUUUGGAGCGUUGGUUGUACAGGUUAUAUCCAACUGUGAUUUUAUUUUAUAGUUGUUGAUAUUUUACAUUCCUGUUAGUGGUUUCUGCGGAUAAUGAAUAUACUGCUACGGAUGAGCUUUUUCUGAGAAGAUUCGUUUUGUCAUCAUUUGAAGGUUUUCUCUUUCUAUAACUACAUUCAUUCUUAUUCUUCUUAACAUCGAAAGGAAUGCUAAAGUUUUCCUCCUUUUUUGCAUUUCAACAAAUAAAAUCAAUCUGUCUACAA